UUUUUCCUCCUUUUCCCUCCCAUUUUCCCUCCGCUCCCCUCCCCCGACUUCGCCGGCGCUUGACAGGAGGGUGGUCACGUGCCGGCCGCAAAGCGCCUCUUUGCGACCUCAGUGACAGCGAAAAUGUGCGACAGGCGCCGCGGAGGCAGGGAGGGAGCGGCGCUGCCUCCUCCUCCUCCUUCUCUACCACCUCCUCCUCCUCCUUCUUUUCCACCUCUUCCUCCUCCUCCUCUUCUUCUCCGGGCCAGCAGCUGAGGCAGCGCUGCCCGUUCCCGGCCCCGCUCCCGGCCCCCUACCCGCCUCUCCUUCUCUUUCUCUCUCUCUCUCUCUCUCCUCUCUCUCCUCCUUCCUCCCCUCCUCUGCCCGCAGCCGCCGCGCCCCGGCCGCCACCGAGCAGCCAGGUAGGGCAGGCCGGGGACACCGCGGGAGCCUGAGAGGAACCCCAGAGGAACCCGGCGCCUCCAUGAGCUCCUAACUCCCUCCCCCUGCCCCGUCCUCUCCGGCAGCAGCUCCAGGUGCGCGGGUCAGAGCGGAGCCGGGGACGCAGCCGCCUGCAAUGGCGUCCAACAUGGACCGAGAAAUGAUAUUGGCUGAUUUCCAGGCAUGUACUGGUAUUGAAAAUAUUGAUGAAGCUAUAACGUUGCUUGAACAAAAUAACUGGGAUUUAGUGGCAGCUAUAAAUGGUGUAAUACCACAAGAAAAUGGCAUUCUGCAAAGUGAGUAUGGUGGGGAGACUUUACAUGGACCAGCAUAUGGCCCCACCACUCAUUCUCCAGCAGCUUCUUCAACUCCUUCCUCAUCCUCAGCAUUUCGCCACGUAGUGCCAUCCAGACAGAUAGUGGAACGACAGCCUCGAAUGCUUGACUUCAGGGUUGAGUACAGAGACAGAAAUGUGGAUGUAGUACUUGAAGACAGCUCCACAGUUGGAGAUAUCAAACAUAUUCUAGAAAAUGAACUUCAGAUUCCUUCAUCUAAAAUGCUGUUAAAAGGGUGGAAGACUGGAGAUGUAGAUGAUAGUACUGUUUUAAAAACUCUACACUUGCCAAAAAAUAAUAGUCUUUAUGUUCUAACACCUGACCUGCCUCCUCCUUCUUCAAGUCAUUCUGGGGCCCUGCAGGAGUCAUUAAAUCAGAACUUCAUGCUGAUUGUCACCCAUCGAGAAGUCCAGCGGGAGUACAACCUCAACUUCUCAGGAAGCAGUACCAUUCAGGAGGUUAAGCGGAACGUGUAUGACCUAACGAGCAUCCCUGUCCGUCACCAGCUCUGGGAAGGUUGGCCUCCUUCUGCUACUGAUGACUCAAUGACCCUGGCUGUAUCAGGGCUGACGUUUCCUUGCCAUCGACUUACAGUUGGAAGAAGAUCUUCACCUGUACAAACAAGGGAACAGUCAGAGGAGCAAUGCACUGAUGUUCACAUGGUGAGUGACAGUGAUGGAGAUGACUUUGAAGAUGCUACUGAGUUUGGAGUUGAUGAUGGAGAAAUGUUUGGAGUAGCUUCAUCUGCCUUGAGGAAAUCACCAAUGAUGCCAGAAAAUGCUGAAAAUGAAGGAGAUGCCUUAUUACAAUUCACAGCAGAGUUUUCUUCAAGAUACGGUGACUGCCAUCCUGUUUAUUUCAUUGGGUCACUAGAGGCUGCUUUUCAAGAAGCCUUCUAUGGAAAAGCUAGAGAUAGAAAGCUUCUUGCUAUCUACCUCCACCAUGACGAAAGUGUACUAACAAAUGUCUUCUGCUCACAAAUGCUCUGUGCUGAGUCUAUUGUCUCCUAUCUGAGUCAGAACUUCAUCACCUGGGCAUGGGACAUGACAAAAGAAGCAAACAGGGCAAGGUUUCUGACAAUGUGCACAAGACACUUCGGGAGUGUUGUAGCCCAAACAAUUAGAACUCAGAAGACAGACCAGUUCCCACUUUUCCUGAUUAUUAUGGGAAAACGAUCAUCAAAUGAAGUUUUGAAUGUAAUACAAGGUAACACAACAGUGGAUGAGCUAAUGAUGAGGCUGAUGGCUGCAAUGGAGAUCUUCAGUGCCCAGCAGCAGGAGGACAUAAAGGAUGAGGAUGAACGUGAAGCCAGAGAAAAUGUGAAAAGAGAGCAGGAUGAAGCGUAUCGCAUAUCGCUGGAGGCUGACAGAGCAAAGAGGGAAGCACAAGAGAGAGAAAUGGCAGAGCAGUUUCGCUUGGAACAGAUUCGAAAAGAACAGGAGGAAGAACGUGAGGCUAUCAGGCUCUCUCUGGAGCAAUCUUUGCCUCCUGAACCCAAAGAGGAGAGCACUGAGUCCGUCAGCAAACUGCGCAUUCGGACGCCCAGCGGGGAGUUCUUUGAGCGACGUUUCCUGGCCAGCAGCAAGCUCCAGGUUGUCUUUGAUUUUGUAGCUUCCAAGGGAUAUCCUUGGGAGGAGUACAAGCUGCUGGGCACCUUUCCGAGGAGAGAUGUGACCCAGAUUGAUCCAAACAAAUCAUUACUGGAGGUAAAACUGUAUCCUCAAGAAACCCUUUUCCUAGAGGCAAAAGAAUAGAUGAAACCAGAUUGUAGGACUGCUCAUCCUGUGACAAGCCAGAGGCACAGUAUUGAAAGGAAGACUUCUGUCAACACCACCUUGUACUGUCAUCCAACUCAGUUCAUUGUCAUGACUUUGCCUCUUGCAAGAAUCCUGAAAAAAAAAAAAAAAAGAUAAAAACCCAUAGCUACUUAAAGUUUCACAUACAUGAGUAUAUGUUUUCCAACCUCAUUUAAAUGAGCAGAGGAUAAAAUUCUGCUAUGAACACUGAACAUUACGACUCUGUUACUCACUUAUCAUCCAGCUUUUGUUAUAAUUAAUGCACUGUUAAAAUGUGAGUGAUUGUUAAGUAGAAUUUUUACUCCUCAAAUGCCCCUUUUUCACCAAGGAACUUGGACAUUUCUGCCUGUACUUUUGACACUAGAAUGCUGUAUAUUUGAUAUCUCGCUGAGCCAGUGCUCUCAUAUAUAUGCAUUUUAUUUCUGUGUUUGAAUUUCUACUCUGUCAACUAAUUUAAAAAGGCAGAAAAAAAAUAAUGGGACAUUCUCAGCCAUGAAAAUUUAACAGUAUUAUAGUAGAAAGCAUAUAAUUUUUGUUAGUACUUUCUGACUUCUUUGAUAAGAUGUAAGGUUUUGUUUGAAGAAUAUAGUUUGGCAUAUAUGCGAGAUAUUUAUUUACUGGUUCUGCUUUGGGUCUCAGUUCUGAUUCAGUUUAGGAAGUAUUUUCCAUUACAUUGCAGUGUGUGAAACUGCUUAUUGCAUGAUGUGAAUAUUUAAAUAACAUUAGAAACGGCCAGUACCAGAAACCUGGUAUCUUGCCAACACUUCAGGAAUCAGCUGCUAUUGAAUAUCAGCUGUUAAAAACCUUUCAAAUACCAGAUACAAAAGUUCUUUAUUUCUGAUUGUGAAAGAAAGGGCAGUUCCCAUUUUAGCAGUUUUCCUUCAUUCUGGCACUUGUUUGUAUCCUAUUACUCUGCUGUUUUAAAGCACCUUGUUUGUUUCAUCAAACAAUGAGUAUCUUAAGAGGUGGUGUAAUAAGAAAUCUGCCUUAUUAUUGCACACUUUGGACAUUUUAACAAUAGAUUACUGAUCCCAUCUCAAAUUAAAGAAAUCCUAGUUCUCUUGUCUGCAAUGUAUGCACCAACUACCUGCUAUCUGAUGUGGAAAAAUCUGGUACUUUAAAUGUCUCAAUUACAGAAUGAGCAUACUGAGUCUAAGAUCCUAACUUACACUUGAUGCCAAACCUGCAUCAAAACUGGUUUGGUUAAUUUUUUUUUUUCUGUUUUCCUUUUUUUUUUUUUUCCUUUUUAAUCUCUGGUCUUACAGGAUGGUGCACAAUAGCACUACAGAAUCAUCAUCUGCUAAUCAAAGCUUGGCACAUUGUUUUCUACAUGUGUUUAUAUGUAGUUCAUUAGUGUUUAGCAAAAUGGGUUUUGAUUUGAACAUGUUAUACUAAGAAGAAACCAUUUGCACACAUCUAUUAGUCUUUCUUUUUUCUUCUUUGGAAGGAUGGUAAUAUAAAAUUAAAUGUAUGCCUAUUAUUAGGGUGUUAGUGAAGCCAAUAUAUUGUUACCUUUACCAAAAAAUGCAGAUUUCUGAGCAGGGAAAGCCUUAUUCUACCUUUUGUAAUUCUGUAAUUAGUGAGUGCUACAUCAGACACUUUUAGAAGUGAAGUAUCUAUGACAACAGAAAGAUAAACUUGUGUGUAAUGGAAAGCUGAAUGCAGACACUUCGUUCUGAACUUCUGUUUUCUUCCAAAAAAAAAAAUCCACUAUGUUUAUUAAAUAAGAAAUUAACAUUUGUAGGUUGCAAAUUGAGGUGAUGCUCUUUCUACCAACAAUCACAGUUACACAUACAGCAGGAUUUUCAAGUGAUGCAUAUCUCUUUUUUUUUUUUAGUUUUACUCUUCCUUCUAAGCUGGGUAUUGAGGAAAGGAAUUGCUGAAAUACUGCUACACAAAGCAAAGCAAUCUUUCAGCUGACUUGUUUAUAUUAAUCUGUUUAACUUCUGUUUGAUCUCAUCAGGCUGUUUCCUCUCACUCAACUUUAUUUCUGUAUUUUGACUAUAUAUUCUUUACUUUGAUACUAGUUUCAUAAAGUUAUUAAAUGUGGCUUGAAUAUUUGUUGAACUUGUUGAAGUCAGUGCUCCCAGGGUUUAUUUGACCUUUUUUUUUUUUUUUUUUGUCAGUGCUUUCAUUAUUUUUACCCCCUUUGUUUAUAUUGCAGAAUACACUGUCAUUAUCAAAACUCCUGGUGAUAAUUAACUGGAAGUGUUCAAAGUGGUGGCAUUACUGCCCUUUGAUAUAAAGACACCAAGAUCAGUAUAUAAAGAUCAUUCUGCCACAAC